AUGGAUGUUGCGGAACAAGCUGUCAGGACUAACCAAGUGAAGGAUCAAGUUGGUGAAAGAUGUCAGAAACUGUUCCAAGAUUUUUUGGAAGAAUUUUCAGUUGAUGGUGAACAGAAAUACUUGUCAGAAGUUCAAGAAUUAAUUAGACCAGAAAGAAACACUCUAACAGUUAGCUUUGAAGAUGUUGAGAAGUUUAACCAGCAACUGUCUACUACUAUUCUGGAGGAAUACUACAGAAUAUAUCCAUUUCUCUGCCGUGCAGUGCGAAAUUAUGCAAAAGAUUGGGGACAGAUACCUCCGGCCAAAGAGUUCUAUGUUAGUUUCACAGAUGUGCCCACCAGACUAAAGGUCCGUGAGAUGACAACAGCAAAAGUAGGCACGUUGCUUCGAAUCAUUGGUCAAGUUGUGCGGACACAUCCUGUCCAUCCAGAACUGGUCAGCGGGACAUUCAUGUGUCUGGAUUGUAGAACGGUCAUUAAGGAUGUGGAGCAACAGUUUAAGUACACACAGCCAACCAUUUGUAGGAAUCCUGUUUGUAACAAUAGAUCUCGAUUCAUGUUAGAUGUGAACAAAUCCAAAUUUGUCGAUUUUCAAAAAGUGCGGAUACAGGAAACACAGGCAGAACUCCCUAGGGGAAGUAUUCCUAGAAGUGUUGAGGUUAUUCUUCGUGCUGAGGCUGUUGAGACGGCACAGGCAGGAGAUAAAUGUGACUUCACAGGUACUCUGAUUGUUGUACCAGAUGUGGGGACCAUAUCAACACCAGGGGCACGAUCUGAGACAUCUUCCAGGGUUCGUGGAAAUGAGGGUUAUGAGACUGAAGGUGUGCGAGGCCUGAAGGCACUGGGAGUACGAGAUCUUACCUACAGACUGGCUUUUUUGGCCUGCACUGUGUCCUCGAGUAACCCAAGGUUUGGUGGCCGAGACAUGAAAGAUGAGGAGAUGACAGCAGAGACAAUCAAGAAACAGAUGACAGAUGAUGAGUGGCAGAAAGUGUAUGAUAUGAGCAUGGACAAAAAUCUUUACCACAAUAUGUGUUCCAGUCUCUUCCCAACAAUACAUGGUAAUGAAGAAAUCAAAAGAGGUGUGCUUCUGAUGUUGUUUGGUGGUGUUCCCAAGAUUACAACAGAGAAGACCAAUCUUCGUGGUGAUGUCAACAUUUGUAUUGUUGGUGACCCAAGUACUGCAAAAAGUCAAUUCCUAAAACAGGUUGAAGAGUUCAGUCCAAGGGCAGUGUACACAAGUGGUAAGGCUAGCACUGCAGCAGGUUUAACUGCUGCUGUGGUCAAAGAUGAAGAGUCACAUGAGUUUGUCAUCGAGGCCGGUGCCCUCAUGUUGGCAGACAAUGGAGUGUGCUGUAUAGAUGAGUUUGACAAGAUGGAUCCUAAGGAUCAGGUAGCUAUCCACGAAGCCAUGGAACAGCAGACAAUCUCCAUCACCAAGGCUGGCGUUCGGGCCACACUGAAUGCCAGAACGUCAAUAUUAGCAGCUGCCAACCCUAUAGGAGGACGAUACGAUAGAACAAAGUCACUGAAGCAGAACAUCACAUUGACGGCACCUAUUAUGUCCCGAUUCGACUUGUUCUUCAUCUUGGUUGAUGAAUGCAAUGAGGUGACAGACUAUGCUAUUGCUCGUCGUAUUGUGGAUCUACACAGUCGCCAGGAGGAGUCUGUGGAGAGGAUCUACUCAGUGGAGGACAUCACACGAUAUCUCAUGUUUGCUCGGCAGUUCAAACCCAAGAUCAACAAAGAGGCACAAGAGUACAUGAUUGAGGAGUACAAACAUCUGCGACAAAGAGACGGCACAGGAGCAGCCAAGAGCUCAUGGAGGAUCACAGUUCGACAGCUUGAGAGCAUGAUCCGCUUAUCUGAAGCCAUGGCACGACUUCACUGUCAGGAUGAAGUGCAGCCAAAGCAUGUGAAGGAAGCGUUUCGCCUACUGAACAAAUCAAUCAUCCGUGUCGAACAGCCAGACAUCCACCUGGAGGAGGAAGAUCAACAGGAUCAGGAGGAAAUGGACAUUGAUGAUGCUACACCAGCAGAGCCGCAGGCUCCACAGGAGAGUGAAAAUGCUUCAGCUGCCCAGCCUAAGAAGGGCUUGAAGUUAUCAUACGAUGAGUACAAACAGAUGGCCAAUUUGAUGGUGCUUUAUAUGAGAAGACAGGAAGAAGAAACACAAGAUGAUGACUCCCAUAAUUUAAGACGCAGUGACCUUGUCAGCUGGUACCUGCGUGAAAUGGAGAGCGAGAUUGAUUCUGAGGCUGAGUUAUUGGAGAAGAAGACCGUCGUAGAAAAAGUUUUGGAUAGACUUGUGCAUCAUGACCAUGUUCUCAUAGAGCUGAAGCAGACAGGGUUGAAAGGAGAGGCACUGGUGCGUGAAGAGGAUCCAUUCCUGGUCGUUCACCCCAACUACAUGGUGGACUGAUGAUGAUUGACAAAGUGUUACAGAUAAUGUUAAAAAAAGAUCUUGGAACUUCUGGUACUUUAAUGUUGAACAAAGGAAAUGAAUCUGAAGUAAAACCCAGCAACACUUUACUCGUAGCUGCACGGAAAAACUUAAUUUCAGAUUAAGUGAUCUACACGUGUUCCUAUUCAGAGACUAUUGGAAGUAGGGUGUACAUUAGUGCUAUGUGAUAUUAAAACAUGUAUACUUGAAAGCAUUAUUGGAUCAGAAUGGUGGCUUCUCACUGAAAUAGAAACAAAAGGGUCUAGUGUUAUGUAUAAAUCAUGGAUUCUAAAUUAAUGAUAUGUUUGGAUAUUUUUUUGUAUCUCUGUAAAUAUUAUGAAGACUGUUAAUAUUGUUAAUGCUCAUUUUGUAGAAACGGUUGAUUAUGAAUGAAAUAUCGCAUCAAAGG